AUGGACAAUACUAGGAUGAACUCCUUCUUAGAGUAUGCAAUUUGUAACCGCGGGACGGGCGCCUACCACCACUUAGAGCAAAGCUCCCCGUCCUUCCCCUCGUGCUCAGGUAGCCCCGCCACUGACCCUUUCCACGGAGACGGCCGCUUCGGCGCGGGGGGGAGCGCGGCCGCGGCCGCCCAGCUGCCGCAGCAGGGCCCCGGCUUCGCCCCCGCCCCGGCCGGCCGCGCCGUGCCCUUCGCGGGCGCUGCCCCGGCCGCCGGGUACCCGGCCGCGACCUGCGGCGCCGGCUACGGGCCGCCCCCGCUCUACCUCGGCGCGCAGGAGGCGGACGCCGGGUACCUGCCGGCGGCCGGGUUCGCGGCCAGCGCGGGGCCGCACCUCGGCUCGCUCGCGGAGGGCUACGGCGGGGCGGCGGCCGGGCACUACCCGCAGCACCUUUACGGGCAGGAGCAGCCCGGCUUCUUGGCCGGCCUCUACGGCAGCCUGUCGCCCGCUCCGAGCGAGGACAAAGACCCCGCGUGCCCCUCCGAGCCGUGCCCCAGCGCCGGCACCACGCGGACCUUCGACUGGAUGAAAGUGAAGAGGAACCCGCCCAAGACAGCCAAAGUGUCGGAGUACGGGCUGCUGGGCCAGCCCAACACCAUCCGCACCAACUUCACCACCAAGCAGCUGACGGAGCUGGAGAAGGAGUUUCACUUUAACAAGUACCUCACCCGGGCCCGGAGGGUGGAGAUCGCCGCUACCCUUGAGCUCAACGAAACCCAGGUCAAGAUCUGGUUCCAGAACAGGCGGAUGAAGCAGAAGAAGAGGGAAAAGGAGGGUCUCGCCCCGGCUGCUGCCUCCAGGUCUGCGAAGGAAGCGAGCGAAGCCUCGGAUCAGUCCAACUGCACCUCACCUGAGGCCUCCCCCAGCUCGGUGUCCUCCUGA